AGAUAUUACAGUAGCGGCUUUUUUCUUUUUUGGCGGCGUUGGGGCGGAUCUCUUUGCUAUCCCCCGCCAUCGACUCCGUUGUGGGACACCCCCCAGAACCAGAUCCCAGGGUAGUUCGUCUUACUAUUGAAAAAAAGUACGAGCUGAAUGACCACUCAUUUCGUAUUCAACUCUUCUAAUACAGAUUUUGGAAUUGUCAUUAUCUCUGCCCUAUCCAGUCUUUGAAAACGAGCCGGCCUUCAUCGCCAGCUGCUUACACUAGCGUGGGACGAACUGGGCAUAUACAGCCAUGGCUACUCGCAAGCUUAACGUGCUCGUAUAUACCGGCACCGGCACAACAGUAGAGUCCGUUAAGCACGCCAUCUACUCGUUGCGUCGACUGCUGGCCCCCAAUUACUACGCUGUCAUUCCCCUAACCGAGGCCAGCCUGCUCAAGGAACCAUGGCCCUCGACGUGUGCGCUGUUGGUGUUUCCCGGCGGCGCUGAUCUGGGUUAUUGUCGGGUGCUCAACGGGGCUGGAAACGCCUUGAUCUCCCAGUACGUCCGGAGGGGAGGCGCAUACCUAGGAUUCUGCGCCGGCGGGUACUAUGGCAGCAAAAAAUGCGAGUUUGAGGUCGGCAACAGAGGUAUGGAAGUCAUUGGGCCGCGUGAACUCGCCUUCUUUUCCGGCACGUGCCGCGGUGGGGCCUUCAAAGGUUUCCAGUAUAAUAGCGAGAAGGGUGCCAGGGCAGUGAGGCUUGAUGUGAAGAAGGACGCCUUCAAGAGUGUCGGCGUGCUGCCAGAUGAGGUCCUAUGUUACUACAAUGGUGGUGGCGUGUUUAUUUUGCCGCCGAAAACACCAGACGAGUAUCAGGUUCUUGCGAGCUACGCGGGCGAUAUUGAUGUUGAUGGCGGCGAGGAGAAAGCGGCAGCAGUCUUCUGCAGAGUUGGCCAGGGGUCUGCUAUCCUCACGGGACCGCAUCCCGAAUUCGCACCAGCCAAUCUGAGCCACCAGAACGACGUGCCAGGAUACGAUGACCUUAUCGCAACUUUGAAGCAGGCCGACGAGGCUCGUGCGACCUUCCUCAAGGCUUGUCUCGUGAAGCUCGGUCUCGAGGUCAACCAGGAAACGUCCAGCGUGCCCUCCCUUUCGCGAAUACACCUCUCCGCAAUGGACAGCGCCGAGGUCGACGACCUGCUUAUCGGCCUGGAGGAGGCAAUCACGCGAGAAGACGGCGAGGAGUACAUCAAUGGCGAGAAUGACAUCUUUCACCUCGAGAAAAUGAACACGAAAUGGGAUAUGAAUGCGCUCAAAAAAACCCUCUCACACGACAAUACUAUAUCCUCACUUGAAGGCAUCAUCGACUACACAACAAUCCCCAAACGUGUCAUGGUCCACGAUGAGUCGUGGCCAGAUACGAAAGAAACACCAUACUUCAAUCAUCACGCCUAUUACUCUAAUCUCAAAUCUUACAGAGAAACGGACCGUGAGGCCGAAAAAUGGGGCGACUACCUGAUGUAUGGAGAAGUGGUUACCAGCACCAACACUUUGCUUGAGAAGAACUACAAGCUCCUCUCACACCUCCCGACGGGAUUUACUCUUGCAGCUACAACCCAAAUCGCCGGUCGCGGGCGUGGUAACAACGUCUGGGUCUCCCCAGCGGGCGCCCUGAUCAUGUCCACCGUGAUCAACCACCCGGCCCAUCUAGCCGCCAGCCGGCCAAUAGUAUUCAUCCAGUACCUAGCUGCCGUCGCCAUUGUCGAGGCCAUCAAGAGCUACGACAAGGGCUACGGCGACAUGCCUGUGAAGCUCAAGUGGCCGAACGAUAUCUACGCGCUGGACCCCAGGAGCAAGGAUGAUCCGCCGAAGUAUGUCAAGAUCGGCGGUAUCUUGAGUAACUGUGCAUACUCCUCGGGCGCAUACCAGAUCGUGCUGGGAAUCGGCAUCAACACAACCAACGGCCGGCCCACCACCUCGCUCGACGCUCUGCUGCCCAGCCACCUGCCGCCGUUUAGGAUCGAGAAGCUCCUGGCCAGAAUCUUGACACGGAUCGAAGUGCUCUAUAACCAAUUCGUCCGCAGAGGUUUCACCGAGGAAAUGGAGCGGAACUACUACGCUCACUGGCUGCACGGACGACAGAUUGUGACGCUGGAAGCGGAGGGCGGGGUCAGGGCCAGGAUUGUUGGCAUCACGAGGGACUGGGGUAUGUUGAGGGCCGAGGAGCUGAAUAGCGAUGACAGGCCGACGGGCAAGAUGUGGGCGCUGCAGAGCGACGAGAACAGCUUCGAUUUCUUCAAGGGACUGGUGCGGCGGAAGGUAUAGACACAAUAGAAACAGCAGUUGCACGGCAUAAGGAUUAUUUAUAGAAGCCAUAUAAAGCGUAUCGUUCUGAAAUUCGACAACUGAUAGCCAAUCAUUACUUUCGGUCACAUUGACGGACGCGCUCGGAACGUUUCUUACGCGACUGCACAGGCACUCCAGGGAUGAUGGCCAAACGUUCAUGACUAAAGGACGCUUAGUGCAUUAUGAGAUUUCUCGACCGCACUCGGGCAGUUGUGUUGAUAUUAUAGGGAUAGUGUGAUCUUGAUAUUCGAUAAUUUAACACUAAGUACAUACCUCGGCAG